AUGGCAGGUACAACCCAAGAUGCCUCAUCACGUCGCCGGGGAAGACCUUCUGGCAAAAACCGAUUGCCUCUAUCCCUGGCGGAACGGCGCUCUCGUAAUGCCCUCUACGAGAGGCAAAGACGUCAAGAAACCUCUGAAGCAAUGGCUAAUUUAGCCGAAGCCGCUGGCUGCGAUCCUUCACUCAGCAGUGCGGAUAUUUUGGCCACCGUCAUAAAUCAACUGCAAGCGGCUGAGCAUACUACUAACGAGAUCGAAGACAUGAAAUAUAUUAAUGCGAAAUUAAUGGAACAAAUCGAGACUUUAGAACAACGUGUUAAUGAUGAAGAAGAAGAGAUCACUGAAAUUAGCAAAAAUAAGAAGCGCAAGAUACAAAGUGAACCCAAAGAGAAUUCUUUAGAAAAUCUCAUGACCGAGGCUUGUAUCAACGGAAUCAAGAUAGUAAAAGAUCUGGAAGAGCACCAAGUUUGC